GCGACGAGCUAACGUGGUGGCGUCAGACGCCGCGCGGCGCUUCCUGUUGUCAGUGCCUCAGGAGCCGCAGCUUCUGCUGCAAGGUGUGGGGUCGCCUCGCCCGGAGCGCAGCCACCUGCUCCUGUUCUCUAUGGUGUCAUGUGAGUCUCCUUGAGAGCUGCUGCCUGAGUGGAAAUGCUCUCAGUGGAGAAUGGGCUGGACCCUCGGACUGCCAUCCAGGUCAUCAAGAAGAAGCUGGUAGGAUCUGUGAAGGCCCUGCAGAAGCAGCAUGUGUCUCUGGACACAGUGGUCACCAGUGAGGAUGGAGAUGCCAACACCAUGUGCAGCGCCCUGGAAGCUGUGUUUAUCCACGGCCUGCAUGCCAAGCACAUCCGUGCUGAGGCAGGAGGGAAAAGGAAGAAGCACACGCAUCAGAAGCCUCUGCCUCAGCCUGUUUUUUGGCCCCUUUUGAAGGCCGUCACUCACAAACACAUCGUCUCAGAGUUGGAGCACCUGGUCUUCAUCAAUACAGAUGUAGGCCGCUGCCGGGCCUGGCUGCGGCUGGCCCUCAAUGAUGGUCUGAUGGAGUGCUAUCUGAAAUUGCUUCUGCAGGAACCCACACGGUUGUGCGAGUAUUAUCAGCCCACAGCCCUGCUGCGAGAUGCCGAAGAGGGCGAGUUCCUUCUGAGCUUCCUGCAAGGACUAACGUCCUUGUCCUUUGAACUCUCCUACAAAUCGGCCAUCUUAAAUGAAUGGACACUUACCCCGUUGUCUCUCUCUGGGCUUUGUCCCCUCUCUGAACUCGACCCUCUCACUACCUCUGGGGCAGAAUUACAACGGAAGGAGUCUCUGGAUUCAAUUUCACAUUCCUCAGGCUCUGAGGACAUUGAAGUCCAGCACUCUGGUCAUAAGAUGCCCAGGAACAGGAAGCUCACUGCCUCUUCUCUCAGCCUGGACACAGCCAGUUCAUCGCAACUAUCCUGCAGCCUAAACUCUGACAGCUGUCUACUUCAAGAGAAUGGCUCCAGGAGUCCAGACCGUUCUGAGGAACCCAUGUCCUAUGACUCAGAUCUGGGCCCAGCGAAUGCUGAUGACUCUGACAGGUCUCUGCAAGAGGUGUUGUCAGAAUUCAGAAAAGCCCAGGUUAACUCUGUGCCAAGCAGCGGACCAAGCCAAGAGACAGAGACCUCCACGCUCCAGUCCCCUCUCUCCCUCCACAGUGCAGCUACCAGCACACAUCUGCGCUUAGAGAGGCCUGCGGAGCACCUUCCUGCCCGCGCUUCCUCUGGGACCCCAAGUGGUGGCCACAAGCAUCAUCUACUUCCCCAGGAAACCCCAGAUGUGCAGCAUCUGGGCCCUCCCCAAGCUGCCCCUGCAGGGAGCACUUCAGACCAGCAGCCUUCAGGUCUCAUGGGCGGAACAGCAGGCCAAAGGAGUGGUCAGCCGAAGGCCCUGCAGUAUGGUGGAGUUGGGCCGAAGCUCGUGGUUUCCUCUCCUACCAGUCCGAAAAACAAAAGCUGGAUCUCUGAAGAUGACUUCUGCCGACCUCCCCAGGAGCAUGCUCCCAAGAGUUCUUCUGACCUCUCCACAUCUCCUUUGCAAGGGACUCCAGAGUCAAGGCCUGCUCUGCAGAGGUGUUUUUCUCAAGGACCAAGAAAGAGCUGUUCCCUGGGGGCAUUAGACAAAGCAUGUGUACCUUCACCAGGCUGCGGGAAUGCCAAAGCAGCCCUGGCAGCCGUGUUGCCACAAGAUCAUAAAAACUUCUGUGUGGUACAUCGGAGGCAGAUGGGCCUGUCUAACCCAUUCCGGGGCCUCAUGAAGCUGGGCACAGUAGCCCGGCGAGGGGCCAUGGGCAUCUGGAAGGAAUUCUUUUGUGAGCUGUCCCCACUGGAGCUCCGCCUCUACCUAAGUGAUGAGGAGCGCACCUGUGUGGAAAGCUGCUCCUUGCUCCGAUGUGAAGCUGUAGGACCAGCCCACAGUGAUGGACGAUUUGAGUUGGUCUUCUCUGGCAAGAAGCUGGCACUGCGUGCCUCCUCCCAGGAUGAGGCUGAGGACUGGCUUGACCGCGUGCGGGAGGCUCUGCAGAAGGUGCGUCCUCAGCAGGAGGACGAGUGGGUGAAUAUCCAGUACUCGGACCUACCUGAGGAUGCCCUAGAGGCUCCAUCAGACAGCUUCCCCCCUCACUCAGCCCUGCCCCCAGAGCCUGCAGGGGUCCAGGGCAUGCAGUUGGACUGGACAUCUGCCCAGGUUCCGGAGCCAGAUGCUAUCAAAGAGUCCCUUUUGUACCUGUAUGUGGACCGGACCUGGGUCCCCUAUAUUUUUUCCCUGUCCUUGGAGACUCUGAAAUGUUUCCGUGUGAGAAACAAUGAAAAGAUGCUAAGUGAUAGCCAUGGGGUGGAGACCAUCCGAGACAUCUUGCCAGAUACCAGCCUUGGGGGCCCAGCCUUCUUCAAAAUCAUCACAGGCAAGGCUGUCCUGAAACUGCAAGCCAAGAACACUGAGGAGGCCACCCUGUGGAGAGACCUGGUCCGAAAGGUGCUGGCAUCUUACUUGGAGUCAGCUGAGGAGGCUGUGACACUUGGGGGGAGCCUGGAUGAAAACUGCCAAGAGGUGCUGAAGUUUGCCACCAGGGAGAACGGCUUCCUGCUACAGUACCUUGUGGCCAUCCCCACUGAGAAGGGCCUUGACUCGCAGGGCUGCUUCUGUGCAGGCUGCUCACGGCAGAUUGGCUUCUCCUUUGUACGCCCCAAGCUCUGUGCCUUCUCUGGCCUGUAUUACUGUGACUUCUGCCACCAAGACGAUGCCUCAGUGAUUCCAGCCAGGAUCAUCCACAACUGGGACCUCACAAAACGCCCGGUCUGCCGGCAGGCCCUGAAGUUCCUGGCACAGAUCCGGGCCCAGCCCCUUAUCAACCUGCAGCUGGUGAACGCCUCUCUGUACGAGCAUGUGGAGCGCAUGCACCUCAUUGGCAGGAGCCGGGAACAGCUGAAGCUUCUGGGGGACUACCUGGGCCUGUGCAGGAGUGGCGUCCUAAAGGAGCUGAGCAAACGGCUAAGCCACAGGAAUUAUCUCUUGGAGUCUCCUCACAAAUUCAGUGUUGCUGACCUCCAGCAGAUUGCAGAGGGGGUGUAUGAAGGGUUCCUCAAAGCCCUGAUUGAGUUCGCCUCCCAGCAUGUCUACCACUGUGACCUGUGCACACAGCGAGGCUUCAUCUGCCAGAUCUGCCACCACCACGACAUCAUCUUCCCCUUUGAGUUUGACACCACAGUCAGGUGUGCUGAAUGCAGAACUGUCUUCCAUCAGAGCUGCCAGGCUGUGGUGAGGAAGGGCUGUCCCCGCUGUGCCCGCCGGCGCAAGUACCAGGAACAGAACAGUGUCAGCUAACCCUGCUGUCCUGACCUUCCGAGCCAUCAAACUGGGUUUGUCGGCAGCCUAGGCCUCUCUGUCUCCCUGUAAGGAAGACUCUCAGAGUGCUUGCACCAGAGAAAGCCCAGGAGUCUCAGUGAUGCCCCAUGGCCCCUUCUAACCCUUUUGCCCCGGGAGGUGGAGACCAUCAGGUGCCUCCGUACAGGGCCUUUUACCUGGCAGGCCUGGCUUACCUAGCUGUCAUGGCAUCUCCAUUAGGGCUGUUCGUACACUGUGGAAGAGAGGCUUGGUGAGCACUUUCAACUCACAUUCCUGAUUAAAAGGUCUAGUUUUUUAAGGUGGGUUUUCCCCCUUCAUAUUUAAACAGAAAAUAUUUUUUUAUUCUUGACCCUACCCAAGUCGCCUAAGAAAUGCAACCCUUCACCCACGCAGAUGGGCAAGAGCAGCCCCAGCCCGGAGAUAGGCAUGGGCCUGGGUGGACAGGCCUCUGUGGACUGGUGCCUUCCCUUUGCCCUUUCUGGCACACACUGCCAAGAAUGCGAGUGUUGUGUGCCAAAUGGCCCAUCAUUGCAGGGCUGGUCAGUUUCAGCUCCAUCUUUCCUCUCCCAUCUUCGUGCUCUCUCCUGGAAAAUGUCCCCUUCCUCUGUCAGAGCUCCUUUCUGGCCUGGGACAGGGGGUGACAAGCACCAGCACUGUCAGCACUUUGAGCCCUCCUUGUUCGGGAAGACUAUGAUCUUGCCAACCUCACCCCCCAUACACACGCAUACCCCAUGCCCUCCUUAGUCCUGCAUAGGUGGCAGGGCUAACCCAUGCCAGGGUAGAGUAGUCUAGACACCAGAGAGGCUCCAAGCUCCAACUGUGGAGAAGAGGCACCAUCCUUUGGCUACAGAGAGAUAGAGGAAUGUGCCUAGAAGCUGCCCUGUAGAAGUUUCAUCAGCCCUAGUCUCCCAGAGCUGUGAGUUCACAGUUUUUAUCUUGCCCAGGAGGACAUUGCAGCGCCCAGUGAGCUCCCUAGGAGGAGGGUUGCCCUUAAGAGGCUCUUGGGCUGGUGUAGUGUCCCAGGAUUGUUCUCAAGGUCAUGUUCAUAGCCUUGAGGCAUUUUGGGGAGUAGAUAUGUCCUGUGCUAUCCUCACCUCUCCUGAACCCCACAGCCUUUCUGGACAUCCCAGAGUACUCAACUUAGAGCCAGAGGCCUCAGGAGGGCUGGAGGGCCUCCCUGGAAAUGUGCCUGUCAUGUCUACAGAAGAGGUUUCCCCACCCUGCCUGAGCUGAAUGAGCUGACUCACCUCCCGAAGCUUAAAGAAUUGUGCAAUAAACCAGAGGAGGCAGGUGGCAGAGGCUGCCUGUCACACAGUUCGUCUGUCCCCAUCAUGGAAGGCGCGCUUUCCAGUGAUUGGGAAACCAAAGCUUCCAGAACCACUCAGUGUAUCCAUACCUGCACCCCACAGCCAGCAUUAACACUUCCCCCAAACCACAGACCGAUCAGAGCCUCCUUGCUUUGGAUCUUGAAUGGGCAGGAGUCUGUCCCUUGUGGGAUGGUUACAUGAGAGUAUUCUGGAACCCGCCUGAGGCAGCCGGAUCCUUUCCACUGCCUGGAUUGUACCCUUUGCUGAGCUGCUGAUGUGCUUAGAUGAGUCACUUAACCCGCCACCAGAAGAGCUCACGUGAACCUCGGCAGUGCCCACACUAGUUCAGAGAUAAAUUUUUUUAUGCAAUAUUCUGACAAGUGGGCCUUGACAAUAUGGGGAAGGAACUGCUUCUGUGGUAUUUGACUGAUUUUGCAGUAAAGAGCUGGUCUUUUCUAAUCAAA